AUGGCUCAUCAUCUAUUCCCUGGGGCAACUUGUUGCGGGGUGCAGGGAAUCCUUUCUGAGAUCCUCGACUUCGUGAUGGGACAGGGGCUCAUUCCCGCUGAUGCGAGGUUGUGGCUCACUCGACGCCGCACCGUUGCCCCUGCGCUGCACAGAAAGCGGCUUUGCGACAAGCUGGAGAGAGCAGCAGACAAGGGGCAGGUGGUGGAGAUGGAAUCCCUCUUCUCACGCAUGACCCUGGAUGUGAUUGGCAAGGCCGUGUUCAACUACGAGUUCAACUCACUAUCAAAAGACACGGGGAUUGUGGAGGCCGUGUUCAGUUACGAGUUCAACUCGCUCCAGAAAGACACGGGGAUUGUGGAGGAAGAGGAGGAGGAGGAGGAGGAGGAGGAGGAGGAGGAGGUGGAGGAGGAGGAGGAGGAGGAGGAAGAGGAGGAGGAGGAGGAGGAGGAGGAGGAGGAGGAGGAGGAGGAGGAGGAGGGAGGAGGAGGAGGAGGAGGAGGAGGAGGAGGAGGAGUAGAGGAGGGGGGUGAUGUUCAACGUAGGAGAGAGAGAGGCAACGGAGGGAAGCAGAGGUGCGAAGCACGUCGCUGUUCCCCUACUGGAAGAUCCCCCCCCCUGCGAGUGGUGAUGCCCAGCCAGCGCAAGGUGUCAGACGCCCUCACGCUCAUCAACGGCACUCUCAACACGCUCAUUGCUGAAUGCAAGGUGAGUGCUGAAUGCAAGGUGAGUGGGUGGGCCUUUGGCUGCAUUGUAUGCCCAUGCAAAGUGGUGCGAGUGGUGAUGCCCAACCAGCGCAAGGUGUCAGACGCCCUCACGCUCAUCAACGGCACUCUCAACGUGCUCAUUGCUGAAUGCAAGGUGAGUGGUGAAUGCAAGGUGAGUGGGUGGGCCUUUGGCUGCAUUGUAUGCCCAUGCAAAGUGGUGCGAGUGGUGAUGCCCAACCAGCGCAAGGUGUCAGACGCCCUCACGCUCAUCAACGGCACUCUCAACACGCUCAUUGCCGAAUGCAAGCAAACGGUGGAAGCAGAGGAGGAGGAGUUUUUCGAGGAGUAUUUGAACAAGGAGGACCCCAGCAUCCUGCAUUUCCUGGUUGCUUCCGGGGAUGACGUCACGAGCAAGCAGCUGCGGGAUGAUCUGAUGACCAUGCUGAUCGCGGGGCAUGAGACGUCUGCUGCUGUGCUCACAUGGGCGUUCUAUCUUCUAGCACAGAACCCGGAGUCAUUGGCGAAGCUGCAAUCGGAGGUGGACUGUGUGCUGGGCGACAGGCAGAUCACGCAGUACCUCACCCCCCUCGCUCCCCCCUCCCCUCUCAACCACACCUGGCAACCCUCCCUUCUGCAGAAUCCUUCAGCAAUGGCGAAACUGCAAGCAGAGGUGGACUUAGUGCUGGGCGACAGGCAGCCCAGCAUUGAGGAUUUCAAGAAGCUGCGGUUCACCACGAGGGUGAUCAACGAGGCCAUGCGCCUCUACCCCCAGCCGCCCGUGCUUAUCCGGCGCGCUCUUGAAGACGAUGUGCUGGGAGGAUACCCCAUCAAAGAUGCUCUGGCUCCUGCUGAUGCCACCACGAGGGUGAUAAACGAGGCCAUGCGCCUCUACCCCCAGCCGCCCGUGCUUAUCCGGUGCGCUCUUGAAGACAAUGUGCUGGGAGGAUACCCCAUCAAAGAGGGUCAGGACAUUUUCAUCGCCGUGUGGAUCCUCCACCACAGCCCCGAGCUCUGGCAGUUCCCGUUCCCACACGUCUUUCUUUGCCCUUCCACUCCCCUCUCCCCGCUCUCCUCUCCCCUCCCUCCUGGACCCACCACCACCAGGGGUCAGGACAUAUUCAUCUCGGACAUUUUCAUCUCCGUGUGGAACCUCCACCACAGCCCCGAGCUCUGGCAGGACGCAGAGGCCUUCCGGCCCGAGAGGUGGCCUCUUGACGGCCCCGACCCCACCGAGUUACCUUCCUUUCGCCGGUGGUCAGUGCAAGUGACAUGUGACAUGUGUUUGCCGCGUUUUGAACUCACCACACCUCACUUUUCCCCCACCGUGUCUGAAUCGCUCUCUGCUCUUUCUCUCCAUCUUCCCCACCCCCCCUCUCCCCCUCCAUCUGCCCAUCUUCCACAGCUCCUUUCGCCGGUGCUAUCUUCCAUUGGCGGUGGUCAGCGCAAGUGCAUCGGAGACGUGUUCGCCACGUUUGAAGUCACCACAGCCGUGGCAAUGCUGGCCCGGCGCUUCGACUUCAGCCUUGCCCCCGGCGCUGAGGAGGGCAGAGCGGCGGGCGGCACAGCUGUGGCCAUCCAGGCCGGGCGGUUUGACUUCAGCCUGGCACCCGGUGCUGAAGAGGUGGGCAUGACAACGGGAGCCACCAUCCACACCACCAAUGGCCUUCUCAUGACUGUCUCCCGCAGAACCCCCCCACCUGCUCAGCCUGUGCCUUCUAAUGGUGCUGCUGCUGCUGUUGCUCCAGGAGCUGCUGCUGCUGCUGUUCCCGAGGUUCCUGUCGUGGUUGCAGCCAAUGGGGACAUGCCAGAUGGGACAGUGGCAGCAUGA